AAUUAAUUAGUUAAGAUACAAGAACUCAAGAACACGUGGAGUCCAUUUAAGAAGACGGUGAGAGAAGAACGACGUCGAAUUGAGCAAAUUCUGAGAUCGGCCUUCUUCAGAAAUAGUUUUUUUUUUUUUUUUCUUCUCCACAACAAAAAGAACAUUUUGAUGCUUGUGCUCUCUCUUCUAUUUUCUUCAGAUUGGAUUGAACAUGGAAUCAGCGGAGUUCGAUUACUUGUUCAAGAUGUUGAUGAUUGGGGACUCGGGUGUGGGCAAGAGCAGUCUCCUCCUCAGCUUCACUUCCGAAACCUUUGAAGACCUUUCUCCUACCAUUGGUGUUGAUUUUAAGGUGAAAUUUGUUGAUAUUGGAGGGAAAAAACUGAAGCUUGCAAUUUGGGAUACGGCUGGUCAGGAGAGAUUUAGGACAUUGACAAGUUCGUAUUACAGAGGUGCACAAGGAAUCAUUUUGGUUUAUGAUGUAACACGUCGUGAAACAUUUACAAACCUCUCUGAAGUUUGGGCCAAGGAGAUAGACCUCUAUUCAACAAAUCAAGACUGCAUUAAGAUGCUUGUAGGGAACAAAGUGGAUAAGGAAAGUGACAGGGUUGUAACAAAGAAAGAGGGAAUAAACUUUGCUAGAGAAUAUGGUUGCCUUUUUAUCGAAUGCAGUGCUAAAACUCGAGUUAAUGUACAGCAGUGCUUUGAAGAACUUGUUUUAAAGAUUCUGGAUACUCCCAGCCUCUUAUCUGAGGGCUCUAGGGGGGUGAAGAAGAACAUCUUUAAAGAGAACAAGCCGCAGUCAAUCACAGCCAAUAGCAGUUGUUGCUGAGGCUGGAUCUUUCCUACAAACUUCAGCAUUUCGGAUCUCUAACUCAAGGUAAACCUUCGAUUGAAUAUUUUGAAGAAAUUUGCUAAACAUUGAAGUUUUGGAGCUUUUCCUUGAAGAGCUAAGUAUGAGGCAUGAAGUGUGGACCCCUAGAAUGAGCUUGGGCGUACAUACUUGUUCCUACAAGGUGUACACACCACUUUUGUGUAGAAAGAAAAUAAGCUUGGGUGUGUACACUUACUUGAGUAGGUGCCCACUACUUAACAAAGGAAAACAAGUUAGUUCAGGCUCUAGCAAAUGCCUUGUUUUCAACCUAUUCUCACGUGUAAACCACCUUUGUGAAAGCUUAAUUGUCAUUUUUUAAGCUUAAUCUAGGCAUUAGUGAGGCAUGUGACUUCUAUAUACCUAUUUUUGGUGAUGGUCUUAUAAGAAAAACAAAAGGUGAAAAGUUUAAUGAAGCUCUUUGGCAAAUAUCUUUACAUUUACCCAAAAAAAAGGCAAGACUAACUAUCAAGGGGUAAUUAUUGAGAGAAAAACACCACAAUUUUAAGAAAGAGAAAGCAUUUGUAAAGAGAUAAGCUCUAAGGAUUUUGGAGUUCUUAAAGUGUCCAAGGCUUUGAGUUUGUUUAGAAGAGCUAUCAUACCUGAGAUUUCUCUAUCUCCCUACCUCUUCUUUUAAUUUUUCUUAUUUUUAUAAUAGAAUUCUUGGAUUUACAUAGGAGAUGAUAACUUCUUUUAUGGAAUUCUAUAUUUUUUUUUGUAUUUGAUUUUCUUUUAGACAUGAGUGGUUAAAUCUUUUGGAUCUAGAACCUUGAAUGCAACUUAAAUUGUUAA